CUUGCUAGCUUUCAUCUUCCUUUAAUCACAAUUCAUUAAUUCCGAUCCAAAAAUUGAAUCCAUCUCCCUCUCUUCGCUUUCGGUACUAUUUAUACGGUUUUUAUUUCCUUUUCUAAAUUUUUUAUGUCGGAUUUCCGUUUUCUCUCUCUUCAUUCACUCUUUCGGACCUCGUCUCUUUCGCUCGCAUAUAUUGAUUUUGAUUACUUCAAUGGUACCUGUUUUGAGAUUCAAAUGCUGUUGAAUUGAAGGACUUUGUGCACUUUCGAAUAUUUGGAUCUGCUGGUGGCGAGCCCUCUGAUUUUUGUCUCGUCGCGAUUCUAUCCUUGAUUCGAAUUUUAGGUUAGUUAGAUGACCUCCAGCCUAAAGAAGUUGAGCCAAAAGCAGUUGGGUGUACAAAUUUUUUUAUUGUCUACGAACUACUUAGGCGCUGAAAAUGAUGUUUAUGGGUUAAGAAGUAGUGGAAAAUGGUUUUAGAUUUGAAAUAUUUGACAUGGAGGGGAGUCAGAGGACAAGAGAUGAUGCAGGCCCCGCCGAGCAAGGUCAUUCUAAUUCUACAUGGUGGCCUUCAGAUUUUAUGGAGAAAUUUGGGUCUGUUUCAUUGGGUUCUCGAGAAGAAAGUUUGAGUAAUAGAGAAUCACCUAGAAAUUCUGAGGAAGAUGGGAGUUCAUCACGAGCAGCAUCACAAAUACUAUGGAGCACAGGAACCCUUUCUGAGCCUAUUCCCAAUGGUUUCUAUUCUGUCAUUCCGGAUAAAAGGCUGAAGGAACAUUUUGAUAGUAUUCCUACUUUAGAUGAGCUUUAUGCUUUGGGAGAAGGUUUCAAGGCUGAUAUCAUUCUUGUAGAUGCCAAACGGGAUAAAAAGCUAUCUAUGCUUAAGCAACUGAUUGUGACACUGGUGAAAGGAUUGAACUCCAAUCCUGCUGCAGUGAUAAAAAAGAUUGCUGGAUUGGUGAGAAUCCUUGUGUCUGACUUUUAUAAACGGCCAAAUCCAGAAAGUCCAGCAAAAGCUGCACUAGAGGAAACCUCCCACGUCUUUGAGAAUCAGGCUGUCCAUUUACUAGGCCAAAUAAGGCACGGAUCAAGCCGUUCUCGAGCGAUCUUGUUUAAAGUUUUGGCUGAUACUGUAGGGCUUGAAAGUAGGCUCAUGGUGGGUUUGCCAAGUGACGGAAAUGUUGAGUGUCUGGACUCAUAUACACAUAUGUCUGUGAUUGUUGUACUGAAUUCUGUGGAAUUGCUGGUUGAUCUUAUGAAGUUUCCUGGUCAGUUGCGACCUGGAACAACCAAAUCAAUCUUUAUGACGCAUGUUUCAGCUGCAGGGGAGAGCGAUUCUGCAGAAAACGACUCUUGUGACUCACCAUUGGAGCCAAACAGUCCUCUGUACGGAUUCUCUGAGAGAUUGGAUCCUGAAAGUGUGGAGAAAGAUGAAACUCGACAGUUCCGUAGGAAGCUGGAAGCUUCUUCAAAUGUAUCAGGCCUUUCACUGCGAAAUAUGAUGUUGAGAUCGAACUCGUCUAUCGACAGGAAAUUAAGUCUAUCACAUAGUGAACCAAAUAUUGUGAAUACAUUCUGGCGACGUAGCAGAAGAAAAGUCAUUGCAGAACAACGGACUGCUAGUUCGAGCCCAGAGCAUCCUUCAUUUCGAGCACGUGCUCGGUCCAUGCUUAGUGGGGAUGGGAAUUCACUGAGAGAUUAUGGCGAAGAUGUAGCUACAUCAAGUUGCAGGUCAGAUGGUGCAUCAAUAUCCGAUGCUCGUAGAAUAAGAAGAAGAAGCAUAAGCAUUACACCAGAGAUUGGUGAUGAUAUCGUAAGGGCUGUGCGGGCAAUGAAUGAAACUAUGAAGCAAAACUUUCUUUUGAGGGAACAGGGAGAGAAUAGUUCUUUCAAUCAAUCUUCAAAUGACGGGAAUAGUAGUUCAGAUCUUCACAAAAGCGUAUCGAAUUUCCAUCUCGAUGAUCAUGAUGAAAUAUCUGGCGGAAGAUCUGCUUCAUAUAGUCAUUCUAAGGACCAAAUGAACUCCCAAAAAGUAGUCUCUUUGCCCUCAUCUCCACAUGAAUAUAGGAGUCAAACUCUUGAGCUUGAGCGAACUGGUCCUUCAGACUACGCAGGAAACAAUGAGUUGGUCUCAACAUGGAAUAAAAUUCUUGAGUCUCCUAUGUUCCAUAAUCAGCCCUUGUUACCAUUCAAAGAGUGGAAUAUUGAAUUCUCUGAAUUAACUGUUGGGACUCGUGUUGGGAUUGGGUUCUUUGGAGAAGUUUUCCGUGGUAUUUGGAAUGGAACAGAGGUCGCGAUUAAAGUCUUCCUUGAGCAAGAUCUGACUGCUGAAAACAUGGAAGAUUUCUGCAAUGAGAUAUCCAUUCUUAGCCGUCUUCGACAUCCUAAUGUUAUCUUGUUUUUGGGUGCAUGCAUAAAGCCUCCACACUUGUCAAUGGUUACUGAGUACAUGGAAAUGGGAUCAUUGUAUUAUUUGCUUCAUUUGAGUGGUCAGAAGAAGAAGCUUAGUUGGCGGAGGAGACUAAAGAUGCUGCGUGAUAUAUGCAGGGGGUUGAUGUGCAUGCAUCGGAUGAAGGUAGUCCAUCGUGACCUGAAAAGUGCAAACUGUCUUGUGAACAAGCAUUGGACUGUGAAGAUCUGCGAUUUUGGGCUCUCCAGGAUAAUGACAGAGACACCCAUUAAAGACUCCUCGUCUGCAGGAACUCCGGAGUGGAUGGCUCCAGAACUUAUUCGCAAUGAACCCUUCAAUGAGAAGUGUGAUAUUUUUAGCCUUGGGGUGAUCAUUUGGGAGCUCUGCACUUUGAAUAGACCAUGGGACGGUGUACCAAAAGAGAGGGUGGUUUAUGCUGUUGCUAACGAGGGAUCCCGUCUGGAGAUUCCUGAAGGUCCCAUAGGCAGGCUAAUUUCAGACUGCUGGGCAGAAUCGCAUGAACGGCCAAGCUGCAAGGAGGUACUCUCCCGCUUGCUCGACUGCGAGUAUUCUCUUUGCUAACAUUCUGUUUCUUGUAUAUAGACAAAAAAAAAAAAAAUGGUAGAGGCGUCUGCAAUGUAUUCUCGGCUUGUUAUGUUGUAACCAGUCUACGAAUUUUGUUUUCUUGCAACUGUAUAAACACAGAAUGGUUCAAAUUCCAGUUUUUGAUAAAACUAUUCCAGUUUUGUGCAAUGAAAAAGAAACGUUGUGUAA